UCGUACAUAGUUCAUGUACAUGAAAUCAUCUACAUAAAAUGAAUGGUGGGAUAGUUUUUCCCUCACAUAUCUUAAAAAGGAACUAAAUCAUAAAAACAAUAAUCCAGAUUUAAAAUUCUAAACUAGUUCAUAGCAACUUAAUUAGAAAUAGAUUGUUAAUUAAUAAUCUACCAUUAAAACGAAACAGCCCAUGCUAUCAAUAAUAACAAGUCAUUUCCUGUUUCUAUCCCAUGGGAUACAGAGCUCACCAAAUAACGCUAACAUGGACGAAGAAGCAACCAAACAUCACGAGGAAAGAAGAAACACACUUCUCGUCCUCCUAAACUGCUCGCUACUCGCCGUCGGCGCAGUUGGCGGCCAACUCCUCUCCAGAAUGUACUUCCUCCACGGCGGCCACAAGCGGUGGCUCUCCGCUUUCACGGUAACCGCCGGCUUCCCAAUCCUAAUCCUCCCCAUGGCCGUCUCCUACAAACGCCGCCGUUUCCUCAUCACUACCCGGCUCGCCGCCGCGAGUGGGCUUUUGGGCCUCCUGUUGGGCUUCAACAGUUACCUCUACUCCUUCGGCACCGCCUACCUCCCCGUCUCCGUCGCUUCCCUCGUCGGCUCUUCCCAGCUGGCAUUCACCGCCGCCUUCGCUUUCCUCAUAGUGAAGCAGCGGUUCAACCACUACACCGUGAACGCCGUCGUUUUGAUGACGCUGGGCUCGGCGGUCCUCGGAUUCCACAUGGACGGCGACAUCCCCAAGGGGGAAUCAAAGGGUAAAUACGCAUUGGGCUUCUUCAUGACCAUUGCCGCCUCUGCCACGCAUGCUCUGUUCAUGACUCUGCUUCAGUAUACUCAGGGGAAGGCUCGUGUCCCCGUCGAUUACGACGUCGUGUUGCAGGUUCAGCUCGUCAUAUCCAUGGUUGCUACUCUAUUCUGCGCCGUCCCCAUGAUCAUCAAUGGUGACUUUCAGAAUCUAGCCAGGGAAGCAGCAGAAUUCGGCCUCGGGGAGAAGAAGUACUACAUGAUUGUAGUUCUAGCAGCCAUUGGACUUCAGGUUAUGAUAAUUGGGAGCCUUGGAUUGGUUCUGUGUUCUUCGUCCCUAGUGGCUGGCAUCGUCACCAGUCUUCUAGUCCCGGUUCGACAAGUCUCCGCCGUGAUUUUCUUGCGUGAAGGGUUUAACGCCGAGAAGGGAAUGGCGUUGGCGUUGUGCCUCUGGGGAUUUGCGUCUCACUUAUACGGGCGAUUCAAGGCAGGGUUGGAAAAGCAAGAUACAGAUGAUCGAAAUCCGCAGCAAUUUGAGCAGGGAAACGGUAAUAAUCUUGCUUAGGAAAAUAGAAUUUGGACAGUAGA